AACCAGCCAAUCGGUGGCUCUCAUUCUCGGCGAGGGUCCGCCCUCUGCCCGCCGGGGGCCAAUACCCCCGCGCCGGUGUCGAGGGCUGGGGCUCGUUCCCAAGCGCCGGGCCUGUGACGGCAGCGCGCCGGGCGCCGCGCGGUGGGAGUGGGCGGGGCUCUGGGUGAGGGGCGGGCUAGGGCGGGGGAAGGGACGAGGGAGGUGGAGGUUGCGGCGGGUUUGAAAGCGGCAGUUUCCUGGCAGCUUGGGCAGGCGUUGGUCUCCGAGCUCCAGCUCCACAGCGGCGGCCGGGAUCGAUCCAGCGAGGGGUUUCCGCGUAAUUCUGCGCGCCCCCCACGGGUUUUUCCCCGUCCGGGCUCUUCCCCCUUGACCUCCCCGCCCCCCGGCCUCAGCCUUUCCCGCCGCUGGGCGCGGAGCCCGGGGGACCGGCGGUCUCCUGUGACCCCGCCUGAAACCCCUCUGGAGCCGCCUGGGGACCAUUCCCUUCUCCUUUCUGCAGCCUAACCUGGGCUAGCCCUCCCGGAUCCCGGCCGACCCCGAGGAGGAGCGCAGCCGCGAGGGGUGUCUGAGGGGCGUCUUGGGGCUUGGAGUGGCCCGGCCCCCGGCGGGCUGUGGUCGAGGGGGCGCGGGAGCGGCGAGGCCCCCCCCCCCCUCGCCGGGCUGCGUGGGCCGCCCGGGCCCCCGCUGCCCGCGCGGGGUCUCCUCCAUGGUGCAGCGGGGUUCGGGAUGUCGAAGACACUGAAGAAGAAGAAGCACUGGCUCAGCAAGGUGCAGGAGUGCACGGUGUCCUGGGCCGGGCCCCCGGGCGACUUGGGCGUGGAGAUCCGGGGCGGCGCGGAGCGCGGCGAGUUCCCCUACCUGGGGCGGCUUCGCGAGGAGCCCGGCGGGGGCACCUGCUGCGUCGUCGUCUCGGGCAAAGCGCCCAGCCCCGGGGAUGUGCUGCUGGAGGUGAACGGGACGCCUGUCAGCGGGCUCACCAACCGGGACACCCUGGCUGUCAUCCGCCACUUCCGCGAGCCCAUCCGCCUCAAGACCGUGAAGCCUGGCAAAGUCAUUAAUAAAGAUUUGCGACAUUACCUGAGCCUUCAGUUUCAGAAAGGAUCGAUUGACCACAAACUGCAGCAAGUGAUCAGAGAUAACCUCUACCUGAGAACCAUCCCGUGUAAGUAGGAGGCAACCACCAGGGCCCCCAGGGAUGGGGAAGUGCCAGGGGUGGACUAUAAUUUCAUUUCUGUUGAGCAGUUCAAAGCCCUGGAAGAGAGUGGAGCAUUAUUAGAAAGUGGAACGUAUGAUGGAAACUUCUACGGCACUCCCAAGCCUCCAGCAGAGCCCAGCCCCUUCCAGCCCGACCCCGUGGAUCAGGUCCUCUUUGACAAUGAGUUUGACGCCGAAUCCCAAAGAAAACGAACUACAUCUGUCAGCAAGAUGGAAAGAAUGGACAGCUCCCUUCCCGAAGAGGAGGAGGAUGAGGACAAGGAAGCUGUUAACGGCACCGGCACCGCAGAACACAGGGAGAGGCAUUCCGAGCCUUCCGACUGGGCGAGGACCGUCCCGAGUUACAGCCAAACCAGCAGCGCCAUGGACUUCCGGAACUAUGCGAUGAGAGAGGAGACCCUGGAGCCGCUGCCCAAGAACUGGGAGAUGGCCUACACGGACGCGGGGAUGAUCUACUUCAUCGACCACAACACCAAAACCACCACCUGGUUGGAUCCUCGUCUCUGUAAGAAAGCGAAAGCCCCCGAGGACUGUGAAGACGGAGAACUUCCUUAUGGCUGGGAGAAAAUAGAGGACCCUCAGUACGGGACGUACUAUGUCGAUCACCUUAACCAGAAAACCCAGUUUGAAAAUCCAGUGGAGGAAGCCAAGAGGAAAAAGCAGUCAGGACAGCCUGAUGUGGGGUCUUCAAAACCAGACAUGGAGAAGUCCCACUUCACCCGAGACCCGGCCCAGCUGAAGGGCAUCCUGGUCCGCGCGGCGCUGAGGAAAAGCGCGAUGGGGUUCGGCUUCACCAUCAUCGGCGGGGACAGGCCCGACGAGUUCCUGCAGGUGAAGAACGUGCUGAAAGAUGGGCCUGCCGCUCAGGACGGGAAGAUCGCACCAGGCGACGUCAUUGUAGACAUCAACGGCAACUGUGUCCUUGGUCACACCCACGCAGAUGUCGUCCAGAUGUUUCAGCUGGUGCCUGUCAAUCAGUACGUGAACCUCACCUUGUGUCGUGGUUAUCCGCUGCCGGACGACAGCGAAGACCCUGCCGUGGACAUGGUGGCCGCUACCCCUGUCGUCAACGGGCAGUCGGCCGCCAAGGGAGAGGCUGGCGGGAGCACUCAGGACUUCAAGCCGGGAGCCCUGGUCCUGGACCAGAACGGAAAGUCGGGACACCCCCUGGCCAGCGACCGCCUCAAUGAGCCGUCGGAUCCGAGCGAGCAGAGGGCGUCCAUGGCGUCGUCGGGCAGCUCGCAGCCGGACCUCGUGACUGUGCCUCUGGUCAAGGGCCCCAAGGGCUUCGGGUUCGCCAUCGCGGACAGCCCCGCGGGGCAGAAGGUGAAGAUGAUCCUGGACAGCCAGUGGUGUCCGGGCCUCCGGAAGGGGGACAUAAUUAAGGAAAUCUACCACCAGAACGUGCGUUUGACCCAUCUGCAGGUGGUGGAGGUGCUGAAGCAGUUCCCGGCGGGGGCGGACGUGCCCUUGCUCAUCCUGAGAGGAGGUCCUCCUUCACCAACGAAAACUACCAAAAUGAAAACAGAUAAAAAGGACAAUUCGGGAAGUCUGGAGGCCAUAAAUGAGCCCAUGCCCCAGCCGAUGCCUUUCCCGCCCAGCAUUAUCAGGUCAGGAUCCCCGAAACUGGAUCCCUCUGAGGUCUACUUGAAAUCUAAGACUUUGUAUGAAGAUAAACCGCCAAACACCAAAGAUCUGGACGUUUUUCUUCGGAAGCAGGAAUCGGGGUUUGGCUUCAGGGUGCUGGGCGGAGACGGACCCGACCAAUCUAUAUACAUCGGGGCCAUCGUCCCCCUGGGCGCCGCCGAGAAGGACGGCCGGCUGCGUGCGGCCGACGAGCUGAUGUGCAUCGAUGGCAUUCCCGUCAAGGGGAAGUCCCACAAGCAAGUGCUGGACCUGAUGACCACCGCGGCCCGCAACGGCCACGUGCUGCUCACCGUGCGGAGGAAGAUCUUCUGUGGCGAGAAACAACCUGAGGAUGACAGCUCCCAAGCCUUUGUUCCAACACAGAACGGGUCUCCCGCCUGAGCCGAGCGGAAGCGGCAGCCCCGGCCUGCACCCCAGGAGGCCUACGAUGUCGUCCUGCAGCGGAAGGAGAAGGAAGGGUUCGGCUUCGUCAUCCUCACCUCCAAAAACAAGCCGCCUCCAGGAGUCAUUCCCCAUAAAAUCGGCCGAGUCAUAGACGGAAGCCCCGCCGACCGCUGUGGGAAGCUCAAGGUCGGAGACCUCAUCUCCGCAGUGAACGGGCAGUCCAUCGUCGACCUGUCCCACGACGGCAUCGUGCAGCUGAUCAAGGACGCCGGCGUCACCGUCACCCUGACGGUCAUUCCCGAAGAAGAGCACCACGGCCCGCCGUCGGGAACCAACUCAGCCAGGCAGAGCCCAGCCCUGCAGCACAGGCCGGUGGGACAGUCGCAGGCCAACCACAUGCCUGGGGACAGAAGUGCCCUGGAAGGCGAGCUGGGGAAGGAUGCCCCCGCUUCCUACCGACACUCGUGGUCCGACCACAAGCACCUCGCCCAGCCGGACACCGCGGUGAUCUCCGUGGUGGGCGGGCGGCACAGUCAGAGCCUGGGCUGCUACCCGGUGGAGCUGGAGAGGGGCCCCCGGGGCUUCGGGUUCAGCCUCCGAGGGGGCAAGGAGUACAACAUGGGGCUGUUCAUCCUGCGCCUGGCCGAGGACGGGCCCGCCCUCAAGGACGGCCGGAUCCACGUGGGCGACCAGAUUGUGGAAAUCAACGGAGAACCCACCCAAGGCAUCACACACACCCGCGCAAUCGAGCUCAUUCAGGCCGGUGGGAAUAAAGUUCUUCUUCUUUUGAGGCCAGGAACUGGCUUGAUACCCGACCACGGUCACUGGGAUAUCACUCAACCCUCAUCUUCAAAUGUGAUUUACGACGAACAGCCACCGUUUCCCCCGCCUUCUCACUCGGCGUCCGUGUGUGAGGAGCCCCGCGUGCCAGGAGCCGAGGAAGCCUCCGUGAGAGUGCGGGUGUGUGAAAAGGCAGAAGAAUUCAAGGACGUGGGGCCUGAAAAGAAGGGCACUUUAAGUCAGUCUGAGAUGAAGCACCAGCCUCUUUUGCAGAAAGAUGGGAGUAAAAGGGAUCCCCCCGGCAGCCAUGGGCACAGUGACAAGAAGCAUCUCUUAAAAGUAGAAAACGGUGUUGCCCAAAGAGGCAGGUCCGCUAGUCCCAAAAAGUCAGCCGGUCGCUCUACAGAGGAACAUUUAGAAAAGGCUCCCAGCCCUCUCAAAAACGACCCCAAAAGGAGACCCCGGGAGCGCUCGCCCAGCCCCAGGAAAGGGGAGGCGAAGAGCUGCCCGGGCAGCGCCACGGCGGGCUCCGGCCAGGGUCGCGCCAGCAGGGGCCGGGGACGCUCCUCCAGCCCAAAGAAGCAGCCGAGAGCGGAAGGGCGGCAGGACCAGCCCAACGCUGAAGCCGGAGCCCCCGAGGUGGAGGGCCGACGGGCCCCGGGGGGCCGGGCUCGCGAGGGCGCCCAGCAGAUGGCGGACGGGAGGGGACGGCCGGGUGUCGGCAGGAAAGACACAAAGCAGACGCCGCGGUCCCCGGAGGAGACGAGCAAGCGAAUGGAUGAGAGGUCCCCGGCGAGUAACUUCGUGAGCAGAGGAGCACCCGAAAGUGAAAAGGGAAAGAGAGCCCCCUUAGGAGAGAGAGCAGCCCCCGAAGCCGACCAGGGAGGAGAAGGCGAGGCGGCCGACAGGAGCCGGGAGCGCGGUGGCGGUGCACAGCCCGAGCGGGGCUCUCCGGCCAGGAAGCCACCCAUCACCCCGGGGCCCUGGAAGGUGCCCAGCGCUGGCAGGGCCUCGGGCGUGACUGGGGUGGCAGAGAAACGGCUGUGAGCCUCAGUAGGAAACGAAGGAAAACAGGUCGUAAUCUCUCCUUAUGAAAAAG